AAAAGCUACCGGGACAGCACCUCAGGCCAGAAUCGUGAGCACCUUGGCGCCACUAAAGUUUCAGUACACGGUCAUCCUGGCAGCAAGGAGAGGAGCCUUGGCUUGUUUAACACAGUCCCUCAGUUUUCUAGGUAGCUGCUCGGUUGCCUGGAAUCUGCAGAUUAUUUUUUUCCUCGCUUGCUGCACAGGGCCUGAUCCGUACCCCGGGCGGCGCCGGGACAGGUGAGCCUGGCGGCGGCGACCUAAGAACGUGCUCAGGUGUCAGGGUCCCGCUCAUAGCGCGUGGCUCAGGCCAGGUGCGGGCGCCCAGGUGCGCGGCGCGAGGCUGCAGCUGCUCUGGGUCCCCGACAGCGGGCGCCGCUGCGGCAGCGGCCGAGCCGAGCGCCUGGGCUGCGCGACUCCGGGCAGCUCCUUGGCGAUCGGCCCCCACCGGGUGGCCAAGAACUCCGCCCGGGGGCGCCCCGGGGUCCCUGUUGCUGCGGGCGCCGAGGGGGCGGUUCCGGUCCGGACCAGCGAGGGGCGAGGGAAACACCCCGGGAGCCCCGCGCCCUGGCACCAUGAGACCCGCCGCGCCUCCUCCCGGGUCCGGAGCUGUACAGUGUGCUCGCUGAGCCCCCUGCGGUCGCCGCCUCGUAGAGUGGCACCAAGAAGGUGGAAGAGGAGGAGAAGGCGACACUCGGGAGAGCAGUGCCCGGACAGAUUUGGCCGCUCCUCCACCCCCCGAGAGCUGGCGACUCCCGGGUUCCCCAGCCUUAUCAUGAGCCGGGCGCCAGCCGGGCUUUAGGAGAAACUGAGACGCCGGAGCGAGUCGAGACAAUUCUUUGGUUGCUAAGUGUGAGAGAAGACACUCAGGAUGGCUCAGGGGUCCGGGGACCAGCGAGCAGUGGGGAUCGCUGAUCCAGAAGAGAGUUCUCCCAACAUGAUUGUCUACUGCAAAAUUGAGGACAUCAUUACAAAGAUGCAAGAUGACAAGACAGGGGGUGUGCCCAUCAGAACAGUUAAGAGCUUUCUCUCCAAAAUCCCCAGUGUCGUCACAGGUACUGACAUUGUACAGUGGCUUAUGAAGAACCUUUCCAUUGAGGACCCAGUUGAAGCAAUACACCUGGGAAGCCUUAUUGCCGCCCAGGGCUACAUCUUCCCAAUCUCAGACCAUGUUCUCACCAUGAAGGACGAUGGCACCUUUUACCGUUUCCAGGCUCCUUACUUCUGGCCUUCAAACUGCUGGGAACCUGAAAACACGGACUAUGCCAUCUAUCUCUGUAAGAGGACGAUGCAGAACAAAGCAAGGCUGGAACUGGCCGACUACGAAGCAGAAAACUUAGCAAGACUCCAGAGGGCCUUUGCAAGGAAGUGGGAAUUCAUCUUUAUGCAAGCAGAAGCACAAGUGAAGAUUGACCGGAAAAAGGAUAAGACAGAAAGAAAAAUUCUGGAUAGCCAAGAACGGGCCUUCUGGGAUGUCCACAGGCCAGUGCCAGGCUGUGUGAACACAACAGAAAUGGAUAUCAGAAAAUGUCGGCGUUUGAAGAAUCCACAAAAGGUUAAAAAGUCAGUAUAUGGUGUGACAGACGAGACCCAGUCACAGAGUCCAGUGCACAUACCAAGCCAGCCAAUCAGGAAAACUACAAAAGAUGACAUCCGAAAACAGAUAACGUUUUUGAAUGCACAGAUUGACAGACAUUGUUUGAAAAUGUCCAAAGUGGCUGAAAGUUUAAUCGCUUACACGGAGCAGUAUGUGGAGUACGACCCAUUCAUAACACCAGCAGAGCCAUCUAAUCCUUGGAUCAGCGAUGACAUCACCUUAUGGGACAUAGAGAUGAGCAAAGAGCCCAGCCAGCAGCGAGUGAAGCGUUGGGGCUUCUCUUUUGAUGAGAUACUGAAGGACCAGGUGGGGCGGGACCAGUUCCUCAGAUUCCUGGAGUCAGAAUUCAGCUCAGAAAAUCUCAGGUUCUGGCUGUCUGUCCAAGAUCUCAAGAAGCAACCUCUACAGGACGUGGCCAAGAGGGUGGAGGAAAUCUGGCAAGAGUUUCUAGCUCCCGGAGCCCCAAGUGCAAUCAACUUGGAUUCUCACAGCUAUGAGAUAACCAGUCAGAAUGUCAAAGAUGGAGGGAGAUACACAUUUGAAGAUGCCCAGGAGCACAUCUACAAGCUGAUGAAGAGUGACAGCUAUGCCCGCUUCCUACGGUCCAACGCUUACCAGGAUCUGUUGCUGGCCAAGAAGAAGCCAGAAAGUGAGCAAGGUCGUAGGACUUCCCUAGAAAAGUUCACCCGCAGUGUGUGCUGCUGGCGCAGAGUCAGAAUGGCCGCCGCGUUUCACCCCCGAGGUGGCUUCCUUCCAGCAGUGGGGAAAGUCGCUGGCGGGCAAGCGCCUUACGGGCCUGAUGCAGUCCUCCUGACCGCCCCAACCCCAGGCCCAGGGCCCGGGCCCACAGAGGACCCGGGCAGGCGACGCUCCACAUCCAACGACAGAGCUUCCUUGCGGGGAGAUUUGGUCACUGUGAAGGAGAAAGAGUGAGGGCCACGGAGGGCACUGGUGGGAAGAUGCAGUGGGUGAAUGGGGGGACCAGAGAGAAAGAGUCCACGGUGCUGGGCCAGCGGGAGAAGCCCUGCUUAUAGCCUCUCUCUUGUACAGCCACACACCAAUGCUUAUUCUCAACAAGGGUCCAUUUCUAACUUGGUCGGAGAAUGUCUCAUGAAGGUUCCUGUCUGACUGUCACUGGAGAUGUUAACCUCACCCGUCCAGUCGUCUGGAGAAUCAUGCCUUCCAGCAAACUUCAGAGGGAUCCUGGGCACAUAGUAUUAAGCAUCACCUUCCUACUGCUCUCUCUAAUGCACUGGCAGCCCCCACUGGUGGCCACCCAGGUGUACUGGGUGUGUGACAAGAUGCUGCUUUCACAUAAAAUGUCAAAAGUCCCACCUUUAGCCCCAAUGACCCUUCAAGUUCUCUCCACCCUCGGUGGGACCACAUUUUUAAGAAGUCUCCAUGGGUGUGAUGGCCACCCCCAGCUCCCAUCAAAUGUCUAAGGGUCCAGAGCUUGAAGAGGCACCCAGUACAGAUAAUGGAGUGUGUGGUUUAGCCAUUGAAGGUUCAGGUGACAAUAUUUUAAAGAUAUUAUUACUUCCUAUCUUCUGAUUGUGCCCCUUGUCCCUCGGCUUGUCCCCUUGUAUUUUACUCAUAAUAAACAUGGCCGUGAACUCGGGGGCCAUUGGGCUUCUCCCCACUGGUAGCCCAAGAUGGAAGUUUCUGGAGGUGGAUGGAUUGUAGGGCUGGCCCAUGGUGGUAUCCUACCAGGCCUGGCAAGACUCUCGCUGGCUGGUUUAGGGCUCAGUUAUUCCUGAAACUUAAACACACUAUGUAAUGACAGGUCCCAGCCAGAGCCGCAGAAUUCCCUUCCCAACCUUAUUCUGAAGACCCAACCAAAGCACCUUGUUAAAUAUAGCCAAUCAUCUAGGAAAAAUUGUGCUAGAACCUGCAAAAGAUCUUCUAUGUUCUUCCAGUGUGUCAGAAUAGCCAUUUGCCAACCUGGCUGUGAAGUCUUGUACCUAAAGUGUCACAUCAGGUCCUGAAUGAACACAUGGGUGGUACUUGGCAAAUGGCGGCUAGUACGGUCAUUGUCAUUGUUACAAUGACAAUUUGAUCACCAGAUGCCCUUGGACGUAGAUGUAUUAGGCAACAUGCUUUUAAAUUCAAACAUGUUCUUCCACGCACACCUGUCCUGCCAACACCUGUUGGCUCCUCCUUUGAUCUAUAUUUGGCCAUAGGUGAAAACUCCCCCUUGGGAGUAUAUAAACAGAGAAGGAAAAUGAAGGAAAGAAGUUAGGAAGGAAGUUAGGGAGGGAGGGAGGGAGGAAGGAAGGAAGGAAGGAAGGAAGGAAGAAAGGGAGGGAGGGAGGAAGGAAGGAAGGAAGGAAGGAAGGAAGGAAGGAAGGAAGGAAGGAAGGAAAACAUUGUUUGUGUAAGUAAAUUGACUAGCUGGUGACCCAAAGUCCACAUGUUUAUUCAGUCUCAGCUCUGGGUGCAUCAUGUGACCCAUCUGCCCAGCCCCCACCUGCAAACCCUCUCUAUGUCUGCUUCUACACAACCCCAGAUCCACAAGUUGGUCCCUCACAGGGGAAUCCUCCAGGGGCACUUAGAAUCCUCCUUUCAAGAUUCUUGGUCACCACAUCUGUUUCCAGGUUAGUUCUCUUCUUGAGACAUGGUGGAAGUCAGAGGGUGUCUCCAAAGGUGAGGGUAAACACCCAGACUCUUGCCAGCUGCUCCCGCUGAGCCUUGGUAAACCAGAAGUAUCCACAUGAGUAGUGAGUGGGAGAAUUGAAGCCACAACCUAAGUUAUGGGGUCUUCCAGCCCUGUCUCUCUAGCUCCACUUAAAACAAAUAAAACAAAAAACAAAAUCCCUCUACUUAGAACCCUCUAGUUUCUGAACCAAGUUGUAGUCCGAGUUCAUCUCCAUCCAACAUUAUUCAAAGGAAACUUCUCUACCAAGGGCGCCCUAGGCUGUGCUGACACUAAGACACCUGAUAUUCUCAAACAGUGGUUACAUCUGUGCCCUCAGUCAUGCAGGACAAGGAUUAUGGCUGCCAUCUGCCCCUUCUAUGGACUACAGAACACAUUCUAAGCCAGGCUGCAACCUGGAUAGGACAGAUUUCUUGGCCAUGGCUUCUGUACCCUUUUCUGCACCAAUUCUUGUCUGCUGGUUUUGCAAUGUUCUGACUUGAAAACUGGCCUCACUCUGGAGGUCCCCACAUGGCCAACCCAGAGCCAGGUAUACUCUAGCUAUGCGAUGGAAGAGGAGGCAAGCUUCUAAACACUCCCAGGGCACAGAGAAACAGACAGGACAGUUGGCAGGUUCAAUAGAGCCAAGAACAGACAGACACUCUACAUGGACUCAAGCCUGGAGCCAUAAGCUCCCCCCACCACCUCACUACAAGGGGUGAUCACAGGCAUGUGGCCACUAUGUGUGCCUCGGGAGAUCAGGCAAGUUGAGAAAACAAAGCAGAACAAAGUUGUUCCACCCAAGUUGACCAGCCCAUGUCAGUUGGACAUGCAAGAUUAUAAUGCAAAGAUUUGAGAAACUGGGUCACAGCCAGCUUCCCUUUGGCCUGGUACACACAGACAAAAAUCUAGAUGUUUGAUUAUCAUUCCUCAGCAAAGCUGAUUCCUCUGCCCUGUUCUGCCCCCGCCCCCACCCCACCCUACCCCACCCCAGAAGCCUGCUGGGCUCUCCCGGCUUGAUGUGGUCUGAGAGGAGAAUCUACCUUGUGAUGACAUGUGGCACAAGGGUCAUUUUGGCAGCUCCCCAGUCUCAGCAGGUGAGAUGGGCACAGGGCAGGGAAACCAAUGCUGACAUAAACGUUUUCUGCAUUGGCCAGAGUGCAGCUGGGAGACUGUACAUCUAAAUGCCCAGCAGCGACCUCACACCAGGCUGGCCCAGGGAGCCAGAAGAAACAACCUGCCUUUCUAGAAAGUGACACAUCCAUUUAACUUCCCUGGCAAGCUGUUGCUGUGCCCAGAAAGAAAGGGAGGCUCAGCUGCCAGUGAAGCUAGUUAAGUCUUCUCUAGGCUUGCCCACUGCUCAGUAGCCAGGUACCAGGCUAGUACCCAGGAAGGGUCUCUUACAAUGCUUAGUUGCUGCUUGGACUAGCCAAACACUUGGGACAUGCCCAAUGAGAUCCCUGGGAUGUUCAAACUACCUCACCAACAGGAUUCAGACCCAGGUGCCUGGCCCCCUUGCUGGUUGUGAAAAUCGGUGGUUUUCCUGAAAUGCGCCCUCCUGUUCUAUUCCACAUGUGUGGGCUUCAGAAGGCAGCACCAAGAAGCCUUUCCAGAAUGGGGAAAGGAUUGAGGGCUGUUCGUCUUUGGGCCCUGGAGAAUUUCCUGGAGGAAAAUGUUCCAGCAAGUUCCAGGAACUGGGAAGUCCAGGGCUAGGGAGAAAUUCUGUGCCACCAGCCUCCAAAGGGACCUGGCUGAGAUGAAUUUGUGGCAAGGACUGUGGAAUAGUUGAAUAGUGGUCAAAUAAAUUGCUAAUAACUCACCACUGGACUCUCCAAGAGAGGCCUGUGCUCAUGUAACCAUGGCAACAGCAGACGCCAGCAACCUACUCAUUAGUGCCACCCAGUGAUAAGGCCUCCCCCUGGGCAAGACCCAGGGGCCAUCAAGUAGCAAAGUAGCAAAUGUAGCAAUAAGGGGCCUGGGACCCUGAGGUGGCAGGAUCCAAAUAACAGGGCCUCAGCCUUCCCCAAGCCUCAGACAGGGGGCAGAGACAGCUGCUAUCAGCUGUCUAGGGUUGGGGAGUCCUGCCCAUACCAAGGGUCCCUGUCCUAUAGCCUCUGACCAUUCACCGCAUGAUCACAGACACGUCGGAAUGGCCCCCUCGUAGUGCAUGUGGUUCUUGUUAGUUUAUUUUUCUGGAAUUUGGGGAACUGGACCCCAGGACCAAACAUGCUGGAAACAGUCUAAAAAUAAACAACUACUUGAACCCACUAAA